AUGCCCCGCAUUGCCUCUUGCCCCAUCCUCCCCUUCACGUCCGCGCCUCCUCCUUGCUGUCACCACGCUCGCACACUAUGCCUCGCUGCCAAUGGCUACCUGCCACGUCGCGCAGCCGAAGCCACUGCUGAGCUCGCGGAGCGGUUUGAUGGCGGCGCGAUGCGCUGCGGGGAAGCGGGGAUGCGGAUGGGUCAGCUGAGGCGGUCUGGAAGGGUCGCGGAAAUGGCGAGGGCGCAGGGAUGGGCGGAGAGGCGGCAGCGCGGGUGCGGUCGGGUGAUGACGUCAGCUGCACGCGGCUGCUGGCUAGUCAAUGGGCGAGGGGCUCAAUGGACGGGGGGGAGGAAGGGGAAGACGAUUGGCGGGGGAAGGAUCCUAGCGAGCGCAGAGUGGGGCGAGGGAGGCGAUGAGAAGGAAAAUGAGGGGGAUGAGGAUAGGGGAGGCGGAGAAAGUGAAAGUGGGAGUGAAAUGGAGGGCACAGAGGCAGGAGGAAGCGUGGGGGAAGCGGAAGGAGGUGGAGAGGGCAAGGGCGGCAGCAGUGGCGGCGGCGAUGAGUCAUGGGAGGGGAGGCGGCGGUACAUGAUGGUGCUGGCGUACGACGGCACACACUUCUAUGGCUGGCAGCGGCAGGCGCAGCGCCCAACGGUGCAGGGGGCGGUGGAGGCGGCGCUGGCGACGUACACGCGGGAGGGCAGCGCCGCUCUGGGCGUCACCGGUGCCUCGCGCACCGACGCUGGCGUGCAUGCCUGGGGGCAGGUGGCCCACUUCACCACCGCCUCCCCCAUAUGCGACCUGCCCCGCAUGCACCGCGCCCUCAACGCGCUGCUGCCGCCCGCCAUCCGCGUGCGCUCGCUGCGUGCCGUGCCGCUCUCCUUCCACGCGCGCCUGCACGCGUGCAGCAAGCGCUACCACUACACCGUGCUCAACAGCCCCACGCCGCUCCUGCUGCCGCACCGCCGCUCCACGCUGCUCUCCUACCCGCGCGGCCCGCUGGACCGCCCCCUCAUGGCGCAGGCAGCUCGGCUGUUUGAGGGGCGGAGGGACUUUGCGGCGUUCGCGAACACGUGUGAGGCGAAGGAGAGGGGCGCGGUGAGGGAGAUCACUCGGUUCGAGCUGGUGGAGGAGGCGGACUGCUGGCAGGGCACGGUGGACGAGGGAGCACCGUCACCAGUGUUCCGCUUUGAGGUGGAGGGAUCCGGGUUUCUCUACCGGCAGGUCCGCAACAUGGUGAGAUGCAGUGUGUGUGGUGAGAUGCAGCAUGGUGAGAUGCAUUGUGGUGAGAUGCAGUGUGGUGGAAUGCAGUGUGGUGAGAUGCAGUGUGGUGAGAUGCAGUGUGGUGAGAUGCAGUGUGGUGAGAUGCAUUGUGGUGAGAUGCAGUGUGGUGGAAUGCAGUGUGGUGAGAUGCAGUGUGGUGAAAUGCACUAUGGUGAGAUGCAGUGUGGUGAGAUGCAGCAUGGUGAGAUGCAGUGUGGUGAGAUGCAGUGUGGUGGAAUGCAGUGUGGUGAGAUGCAGUGUGGUGAGAUGCAUUAUGGUGAGAUGCAGUAUGGUGAGAUGCAGUGUGGUGAGAUGCAUUCUGGUGAGAUGCAGUAUGGUGAGAUGCAGUAUGGUGAGAUGCAGUGUGGUGGAAUGCAGUGUGGUGAGAUGCAGUGUGGUGAGAUGCAUUAUGGUGAGAUGCAUUAUGGUGAGAUGCAGUGUGGUGAGAUGCAGUGUGGUGAGAUGCAGCUAUGA